UUAGAACAACAAACAAACGAACAAGAAAAAUAACACAAAUGGUGCUGCCCGCUCCCCCCCCCGUCGGCCAAGUUAACCUGCCUGAUCAGCGUGAGCGAUGACAGGGCCCGCCCAUCGCCUCACCGGCUUAGCCAAUCGCUGAGCUCGCCGCCUCAGGCCCGUCCGGCAGAAGGGUGGAUCUAUCACGUGACAGGCGGCAAGAGGAAGAAGAAGGCUAUGGAAGGAACGGCCGCGGGAGCGAAGUUCCAGCCGAGCGGUACCGCCUGCAGGAGUUUGUGGGAGCACCAGCACCGCCGCUACAACCCUCUGCGCGAUGAGUGGGUGCUGGUCUCCGCCCACCGCAUGAGGCGCCCGUGGCAAGGGCAGGUGGAGAAGCCCCCCCCGGAGGACGUCCCGCGCUGCGACCCGGGCAACCCCUUGUGCCCUGGAGCCAAGAGAGCAAAUGGCCAGGUGAAUCCCCACUAUGAGAGCACAUUUGUCUUUGACAACGACUUUCCUGCACUGCAGCCAGAUGCCCCGGAACCUGGUGCUGGUGACCACCCCUUGUUCCGCACAGCGUCUGCUCGAGGCGUGUGUAAGGUGAUGUGCUUCCACCCCUGGUCUGAUUUGACUCUGCCCCUCAUGUCGCUUGCUGAGAUCCGCACUGUGAUUGACCAAUGGUCGGAGAUAGCUGUGGAGCUGGGUGCCUCUUACCCCUGGGUGCAGAUCUUUGAGAACAAAGGAGCCAUGAUGGGCUGUUCCAACCCCCACCCUCACUGCCAGAUCUGGGCCAGUAGCUUCCUGCCCAACGAAGCCUCUCUGGAGGACCGGGCGCAGCAGAGGCACCGUCGUGAGCAUGGCAUUCCCAUGCUACUCGAAUAUGCCCAGCUGGAGGCCGAGAGGAAGGAGCGGAUCGUGGUGGAGAAUGUGGACUGGCUGGUGGUGGUCCCUUACUGGGCAGUGUGGCCUUUCCAGACCCUCUUGCUUCCUCGGCAGCGGCAAAUCUGUCGCCUUCAGGACCUUCAACAUGGUGAAAGAGACAGCCUGGCCUCCAUCAUGAAGAGGCUUCUCACCAAGUAUGAUAAUCUCUUCCAGAUCUCCUUCCCCUACUCCAUGGGAUGGCAUGGGGCCCCGAUGGGGUCUUUCCUAGACACUGAUUGCAGCCAUUGGCAGCUGCACGCCCAUUACUAUCCACCCUUGCUGCGCUCUGCCACCGUCCGCAAGUUCAUGGUUGGCUAUGAAAUGCUGGCACAGGCUCAGAGGGAUUUGACACCAGAACAGGCUGCCGAGCGCUUGCGAAACCUGCCUGAUGAACAUUAUCAGCUGAAACGGAGAGAAACUUCAUAGUGCAAAAGCACAAUAGGGACCUCUAGGGUUUGGGACUGUUGUUUGAUCCCUGGGUUUGGAUAAAUUCCUAGGGUGGGGUGAGGGAAGUUUCUGUCACUUGGAAGCUGCUCAAGGCACAUUGUGAGGACUGUUUGGCUCUGGCAGUCAGGGCUGUGCUGGAAUUUUCUUCCUGCCUUGCUAAACUGAGGCUUUGUGAGGCUAGCGAGCUUUUCUGGGAGCAGCUGCCUCGCUUCUUGGCUAAAGGCUAAGUGACGUGCCGUGCUCCAAGAAAUGGAAACUGGAAACAGUCCCUCCAAUCACCCAGCUUCUAAUGCUUCUGCAUUGCCCCAGCUGAGGAGAGCUUCUGGUAUUAGCAACAACGGAGAGGGCCUUCUCAGUGGUGGCCCCCAAAUUAUGGAACGAUCUUCCUGACGAGGUGCUCCUAGCGCCAACACUGUUAUCUUUUCGGCACCAGGUCAAGACUUUCCUCUUCUCCCAGGCAUUUUAGCAUGUGUUUUUAAAUUGUUUUUUAAAAAUGUGUUUUUUAAAUUUGUAUAUUUGUUUUUAAUGUUUUUAAUUGUUGUAAACCGUCCAGAGAGCUUCGGCUAUGGGGCAGUAUACAAAUGCAAUAAAUAAUAAUAACAAUAUGAAGAUGAAUUUUGUGUAGAAGUCACAGUGGAGUUAUGGUGACUGGAUGAUUCUCCCCCACCCUGGCAAAUAAACCCCCAGAGUGAUCAUAACCUUGGGCUGUUUUCCAUGGGGGCUUUAAUACAAGGAACCUGCAAUGCAAGUCUGUUCAGCUUGAACAAAGACCCUUGUGCUACACAAAUCCUGUUUAAAAUGGUAAUUUGGGAGUGUCCAGAAAAUGGCUGAAGAUUCUGGUUUAGGUUGUGGUGAGGCGGCCAGAUACAAGUACACUGCUUGACAUCUUCUUAAUGCUUGCACAACCCGAGAGUGGAGAAGUGGCCAGUGCCAGAGGACGUCAGAAGGCUCUAGUCAGUGUGAACGCCCCAGUUUCCCACUCCAAAGAUCAUCUUGGUGGAUCCAGCUCUUUCCUGCUCCUCUUCUACCUUCUUUGUGGUCAAGAAGAUAGAUGCCUCCAAUCUCUCCCCCACCCCAGCCUCUAUGGUGCUAGAUCAGCUUGAUUCAUGGACAUGCUACAGAUGAAUCUCAAUGAAGGCGAAAGUGGCCAGAAGGACGUGUGGUGUGGAAGACCCUCAGCCCAUGAAAUGGAGGGGUCUGUGCUGUUUGUCUGCAGUCUUUUGGAGCCUAAACAGUAUGGGGUUAAGCAGAGACUGUGUGUGUGUGAGAGGAUGAGUUUGGCAUUUUGGCUCUAGAUAAUAUGUUCUUCCAUUUCCUCACCCUUUAAAAAAUC